AUGAUGAAUUUUGAAUCCAGCUUUUCCAAAACAUCUUCAUUCGAAGAUUUCCUCAGCAAUGUUUUUGCUCCAAACAACAAUAACACUUCCUUCUCCAAUCAUCACACCUUCAUGAACGAAGAUUUAGAUGAUAACAUGGCUGAAUUCUUUGGAGUGAAUUCACAAAGCGAUAACAAUUUUCUCACCUCUGCUAACCAAAACUUUUUUGAAACUCAACAACAACCUCUUUCUCCAAGCAAUGACAUGUUACCAAAAUCCUCUUCCAUUCUUUCCCUAACUGAUUUUAAGCCAACCCUUUCAUCACUCUCUAGAUCAUCCUCUGCUACCUCAUUUUGUGGCGGUCUCUUCCAAGCUCCUCCUUCACUUCUUCACAAUGGUGACUCAUCUCCAUUGCUUUCAUCGGAGCAACAGAUGGACGAAUUCCAAAAGCAAUUGACUAGAAGUGGUGCUGCUCCUUUCCUUUCUGCUGACAGCACUUUCAAACCAUCCCCUCAAUUGUCUCUCUUUAAAUUUUCCAAGCAACCUGAUAUUUUCUCUUCUGUCACCAAGCCAAUGAGUUCGAUAACACCCUCUGACUCUCUUUUGAACCAAGAAUUGUUUGCCUCUCUCAAUGACGUACCAAAAUGUGUCGUUGCUGAAUCCAAUGAAAUGGAUACUACAUCCACCACUAAUGAUGCUGUAUCCUCAUCCAACAGUACAACAACAACAACUAACGCAAAGCAACAACACGGCCUUCCUGCUGGCUAUAAAAUUGUAAAUGGCCAAAUGUACAACGACAGAGGUUAUCAAAUUUGUGGUUUUAUGAAUCAACACAACAGACCUUGUCAAAGAAUUGGCAAGUGUCCAUUCCACGAUAGAAUGAAGAGUGAAAAUGUCAUUUCAACGAACAGUGAUGGUAUUAUCUCAGCUCAAGACAGUAUCGAGCUAGAGCACUUUGCUCCAAGUGAAGUUUUAAAGUCUAAGAAAAAGAAGGACAAGAAGCAACAGAAAUCAGCCUCUCAAUCGUCGUUAGAUUCGACUCAAGUUGCAACAACUGAGAAGAUUGAAACUGUUGACAAACCUGCAACUAAGAAGCCAUACAAACAAGGUUGGACCAAAGAAGAACACAUUCUUUUCCUUAAGGGACUCGAACUUCACGGAAAGGGCAACUGGAAGGAAAUUAGCAACAUUGUUGUCACAAGAACACCCACUCAAAUUCAGUCUCACGCUCAAAAAUAUUUCCUCAGACAAAAACAACAAAAGAAGAAUAAGAGAUCCAUUCAUGACUUUACUAUGGACGACUUGAAGAAGAAUGAAUCUGCCGAAGAGGUCUCAAUGGAAGAGGAAGGUACUCACAAGAGAAAGAGAAACAAAUCCAAGACUUCUAAGAAGACUUCGCAACCAGCAACAGUUGAAGAAAAGUCGAAUGUUGCUGCCAUCACUGAACAAGAAGCACCAGCUGUAACAUCCACUACUACUACUUUCGAUGAAACCAUGUUCAAGAAGGAAGUUUUUGGUGAAGUUUUCACUUUUAAUAACGAAGACAUUUCGCUUGUGAAACAAUUCAAUCUCUCUCCACCAAAGCAAGAUGCUUACUUGGAAGUUAUCAACAAGCUCACAACUUUAAAGAAUUUUGCCAAGCAACCAGAACAACCAACCAAGUCAGUAUUUGAAAGCUUUUCAGUAGAUGAAUUGGAUUUCCAUUUUAGCGGGGUCUCAGGCACCGAGGCAGCAUUCCCGUCUUGUCUAACAGAAGAACAAAACAAUGAUUUGUAUGAUGCUUGGGACGUUAACAACUCCUUUGCAUUGUUUGAUUCAGAUGGUUCAUUCGCCCAACCAUUCCACAAGAAACAAAAGCUGUAA